AUGGACACGGCGGCGGCGCCGGCGACCGUCGCCUCCGUCCAGCGGGAGCUACAGGAGGCCAUAACUGCCUUCGAGCAGCACGUGCGUGAGGCCGUGGCCAAGGUGGACAGGUACUUCAAGAAGGGGUCGAGGACGGACGACGUCAGCGUGGAGACCAAACUGGGGGACUUCAAGGAGGGCGCCUUCCUCUUCAACGCGGGGUGCAAGACAAUGCUGCUGGCCGUGAAGCAGGUGGCGGAGCGGCUGGCUGUGUGCGAGCCCACGGCUCCAAAGACGGAGAAACUGUUGGUGGAGGCGCAGCGACUGAGUGACGCAAAGGACAAACUCGUCGCGGAGCUGCAGCAGCGGCAGGGGGCGGCGCAAGAGGGUGCCGCACGGGCCCAAAUAGAACUGCAGCGGCAGUUGGACGACGCACGCGCGGAGGUGGCGGCGCAGUCCAAUGCGUGUGCUCUUUUAAAGGCAGAGAGAGUGGCGUGUUGGGAGGAGCUUCAAGGCGCGCAGUCCCAGCUGACCCUCGUCGGGAAUCGUCUCAAGGCGCUUGAGCAAAACCGCGCCCGCGAGUUCGCCCUGUUGGAGCGCAUGUCAUGCGACCACGAGAGAGACAUCGCCGUCUGGCAGCGGAGGUGCUCGCAGGCGCUGCAGGAGGUGGAGUUCCUGCGUGCGGAGAAGGAGGGACUGCAGGCGCGCCUGGUGGAUGAAAAACUCCGCUUUCAACUUCGUGAGCUGCAGCAGGAGUGCAACCGCCUCCGCACUGAGAACGCCACGCUUCGCCAGACCACGAGACUGGCCGGCACGCCGCGCGAGCAGGAGAGGAAUGCAAGCACGGCUGUGAACCCCGUCGUCGUCUCACUCGAGGCCGAGAAGCGGCAGCUGGCCGAUCAGCUGAGUGUGGCGUUUGCGGAGAGGCUGGCCCUUGAGCAGGAACUCCUGCUGCUGCGCCAUCGCCUGGCAGCGGCAGAGGGAGACGGGCAGCGAGCGGGCGGAGGCGGGGAACGCAGUUCUGCCUCGCCGGCUUCCGAGGACGCGGCGACGGACGAGGACGCCCGAGUGACGCCCGAGCUCACGAGUGGCGCCUGCAGCGUUGGCAAGGCGACGACGGAGAGUGGGCUUGGCAGUGCGUGCGACAGCGGCGUGGCCGCCGAGAGCCACCUGGGCGUCGAGAAGGAAGAACCGCAAACGGGGUUCACGCCCACUCCGGAAGCUGCCGAGGAGGAGUUGCACGGCCGGCGCGACGAAGCGUACGUCCGGCAGCUGGAACUGUGGAUGCGGGAGGUCGCCGCGGCGGCGUUGCGGACCGUCGACGAAGAACGCAGCGCCGCGGAGCAGCGGCUGCAGCAGGAACUAUCCCUUCGCGAGGAUCUCUACCAGUCGCAGCUAACCAAGGUGCGGGAAGCGGGGGAGAGGCGCGCGUGCGAGGCCACAGAGGCGCUGCUGCACUGUCAAGAGCUGCAGCGUGAGCUGGAGCUGCUGCGGACUGCCGCAACGAAGGAGAAGGCCACACGGCAGGAACUCGUGUCCGACGCGGAGCGCCGUCUCGCAGUGGCUCAAAGGGAGAUCUUUGGAUUGAAGAUUGAUAAUGAGCAGCUGCGGGUGAAGGAGCGUGCGCUGAGGCGGGAGCUGGAGGGCGCGCACGCCGUGCGGAGUCCUCCGCCUACCACUGCGCCACUAGCGCAGCGGCAGGAGCCGAAGUGCAGCCACGGAGGUAGCAGUGGUCCGGGCAGCAGCAGUGGCGCUAGUGGCAGUGGUGGCGGCUAUGCGUUGGUGCCGACCCCGCGAAGUUCGUCAGCAACUGGGCGGCUCGAUGAAGUCAUCCGCCAGCUGCAGGAGCGCUUGACGGCGUUGAACGCGGAGGUCGCGCGCGUCACGGAAACGUACGAGGUGGAGCACGAUGCUUGUACCCGGCGCCUUCAGCAGCUUCGGGCGGCGCUUCUUUACUGGAGCCGUGACGACGCCGCUGCGAGCGACGGGGGCGGUGAAGGCGCGGCUGAGAUGCGGCAACGCAGCGAGGUGGAGGUUGCGGCCGUCGUAGAGGCGCAGCGUGUGGCGCAGGGCAACGUCCUGGCGUACUACGCUCAGGCGGGCAAGAAGCGGGGUGAGCUUCUGAAGGCGCUUGAGAGGGCCACGAACAUGCGCCUGGCGUUGAAGGGUCAAUGA